AUGGCGGCGUCCACUGUAAAGCGAGCAGUCAGUAGCGUAUUUCGUCGUGAGUUAUUUAAAAACAAAGUAGCUAUUGUAACAGGAGGAGGUACAGGAAUUGGCAAAGGGAUAACACAAGAACUUUUAUACCUAGGCUGUAAUGUAAUGAUCGCUUCCAGAAAAGUGGACAACUUGGAAAAUGCUACCAAUAAGCUGAGAGAAUGGUUGAAAGAGUCCAAUCAAAAUGUAGAUUUGCAGUUCAUGAAAUGUAACAUCAGAGAGGAAGAAGAUGUAAAAAGCCUUGUUUCAGGUACAUUAAAACACUUUGGGAAAUUAGAUUUUCUAGUCAACAAUGGAGGCGGGCAGUUCUUAAGCAGGGCAGAGGACAUUAAACUAAAGGGAUGGAAUGCUGUUAUAGAAACCAACUUGACAGGCACUUUUUUAAUGUGUCGAGAAGUUUAUAACCAAUGGAUGAAUGAACAUGGAGGGACUAUAGUAAACAUUAUAGCAGACAUGUGGAAAGGUUUUCCUUUAAUGAGUCAUACAGGAGCAGCAAGAUCUGCUGUAGAUAACCUAACCAAGACACUCUCACUGGAGUGGGUUCACAGUGGCGUGCGCGUCAACAGUGUUGCUCCUGGAAGCUCCAUAUAUUCUGAAACAGCUGCAGCCAAUUAUGGUAACUUUAAUAUUUUUGAGAAAACAAAGUCAACAAUUCCAAUGCACCGACUAGGUACAGUAGAAGAAGUAUCUUCUGCUGUAUGUUUCCUGCUAUCGCCUGGUGCUAAAUUUAUCACAGGGGAGACUAUCAGAGUAGAUGGCGCUCAAAGCAUUUACUCAUGUCCAACAUACCAAGUGCCAGAACAUAAAAACACCCCUGCCUACACAUGGGCAGAUGACCUACAGCACAUAUCAAACAAUGCUGGAUCCUCAGGGAGUAAAUCUAGUUGAAAUAAAAAAUACUGUUACCUAGUUUUUAUAGAAAGUGAUUCUCAAACCUUUAACAUCUAUGCCAUUUUUAAUGUUACUAAACCAUCAUAAAGAUGAUAAAGAAAAGAUUUAUGUAUUGAUGUUAUUACAAAUGCUGUUUUCUUUGAUGUAAAAGAAAUGUGAUAUUUUAAUAUAUUUAAGCAAUGUGAUUUAAUCCUACAUAUU